AUAGAUCUACAGAAUUUCUAAAAUGGGAGGCACUCCGGAAAACAGUAUGAGCACACAGCCGGGUCUGGUCUGAGAUCUUCAAAAAUCAUGGAUAAAGACGUCUAUGAUCUGUAAAGAAGCCUACAGCUUGGAUGGAGCUCCUUCACAUCAACGGUCAACCACAAAGGCUUGAUGAGUGCAACAAUGUGGACUGGGGUUAUAAUGUCAAAGACCCAAAAGCCUAUUGCUAUGAAAACCACUGUGUGACCUCAGCCUUGUCACCAGAUCAAUAUGAGUCCAUAUCAUUGGCAACAUCCGAUGAAGUGUCGUAUCCCAAACUAUCCCAAGAAGAUCAUGGCAAAGAAAGAAGGAAGGUGUGCUGCGUCGAAGAAGUGGAAACAUCUUUCACUUAUGUUGAUGAGAACGUGAACAUAGAACACGUGACUCAUCAACCAUUAAAGAAUGGCUGCAGCCAUCAACAUGUCAACUCUGAUAGAGAGAUCCAACAAGAUAGUAUUCAAGAAGUGUCUAUUAUGUCUGACGAUGAAGCCACCUCAGAAGCAUCUGGGAAGUCUGUAGACUAUGGCUUCAUCAGUGCAGUGACAUUCCUCAUCACUGGGAUUCUUCUCGUUAUAAUUUCAUACUUAUUCCCCAGAGACACUAGAUCGGAUCCAAGUUCCAUCACAGCGAGAGAAAUGGAAAAAAUUGAGAAGAAGAACGCGAUUAUCGGAGCUCAUUUGGAUAGGUGUGUGAUUGCCGGGCUGUGCCUUCUAACUCUGGGUGGUGUUGUCUUGUCAGUAUUAUUAAUGAUAUCCAUGUGGAAGGGUGAACUCUACAGGAGAAAGGCGUUUGCUUCUAAAGACUCUGCUAAACUGUAUGGAUCCAUUAAUUUCAACCAUUCAAAGUCUGGUGGAACUGAAAACACCUUGGUGCAAGAAGAAACAAUUGACGUUGUGAAUUAAUGUUUCCUUCCAGACAUGGCAAAUGAUUUUCAUUGUCUGUCGGCUAAACUAUUUUAUGCUGUAAAUCUCAUUAUUUUUCUUUUUCUUUUCUUUUCUUCUUUGGAAGUUAAAAAAGCACUAGUCGUGUCAUAUACUGUUCUGUAAAAUAAAGCCGUUGUGAG